AUGGAGGCUGUAACAAGAUGGCUGUGUAGCUUCUACGCAGACAAAGUGAAGAUUCAACGCCAUAGCCGAACAGUAACUUGUGGAGAUAAAGUACUACUUUGUAGUAUCGCGUUAACCGACCCUAAUUCAAAGUUUACAGAUUAUCACGAGAAUAAAAUCACUGUUUUAUACCGCCAUAGAAAUGCGUUAGCAGUAGGAGACUGUAAAUUUUAUAUUCAGGAAGUAAAUUCUCGACAGCUCGAUGUUUUCUGCUAUGCUCGUCGCACUGGGAAAGCAACGCUGAAGGUAGAUCUGGGGAAAUGGUAUCAAGUCGAAGGUAAGCAAGACAUCACUGUAAAGUAACCUAACUUUAUAUGAAUUAUAUCCACUAUAUACUGGAUAGCUCAUCAGAUCUAAACUGUUCUCCCCUGCAGAGGGCAACUGUGCAAGUGAAGCCACUGUUAUUCAUACAAGCCUAAUCUCGAGCAAUGAGAGUUGCAACUGUAUGCAUACAAUUUUACGCACGCUUUUAUCGCCAGACUCGCGAUUUUAAUCAAUCUCGCGAAUAUACUUAUUUGAUCCAAUCUUGUACCCAGAUUGAUUUGAAUCUCGAACAGACACUAAAGAAUGUCAAGUGCUAUUUAAAGCACGCGUAGGAGUGUUUUAUCAGAUAUAAAAUGCGAGGCGCAGCCGAGCGUUUUAUAUCAGAUAAAACACGACUACAAGACAAAAAACGACUCAUCUUAUAUAUGAGUUCAUUGGCGAAGUAAUUUUUAAAAUAAACUUUGUCUAAACCGAGAAAAUUAAAGCUAAAGUUUAUGUAAAUUAAUAUGAUUUUUUAUCCCAUAUAAAGAUACGACACGCUUAUGAUUUUUCUUUGUGUUUUCCUCCUGAAUUAUUAAUGAGUUUUUUAAGCAAAAGAUAAAGUACCAAAGUGGUAAACAAUUACUCUGAUCACCUUGACUGUCAUGAUUUUAACACGAAUGACUUGCGAGUCUUUGCUCUUCUAUUGCAGAUGAAUAUCCGACUCAUUUCGAGUCCAUAUUUUAAAGAAUCAAAAGUAAUGAUGUUGUAUUGGUCAUGUAUAAAGUAGCUUGCACUUUGUCUUUGGAAUUAUUCCAUAUAUUGCAUGGAUAGAAUGGUUUCGACGAUAAUUUUAAAUAUAGUGAGUAAAAAGAUGGACGAUCUACUGUUUUAUACAAUCUACCAGUUCACAAUUUUUAAACAGUUGUUGUGCUGUAUUGAAAUACGAACACAGUAUCUCACUAUUCUUAACAUAAACGCUUCUCUCGUGUGAUUGAGAGCUUGUUUAUUUAAAUUGGGGCAAAGCUGAGAAGCAGUCUAUUCUCUGCAGUUUAUUUAUACGAUUCCAAAAACGGCAAAAAUGGACUGCAAGCAGAUCCCUCGUUAUCCCUCUCAUCAACUCUAACGCCUGUAUUCUAAAACCACACUCACACUUUACUAGUGGACGCUCAUUCUCAAUGAGUGCAACUUACUAGGAUUAUUACACUCGCACUCCAGUCAUUUAAAAACGUCACUCACCCUCGAAGAAAGCUGAAAUGUGAAGUGUGAGUGAAUACCUCCUUUGACCUGCACAGCUGCAGUCACAAAUAUUUACCUCAGAAAAAUGUGGCCGAUACAUGGCUAACUAGACAGAAUGCUGUAGAGAAUGUUAUAUAUUCAAUAACAGAAUAGACGGAAGGCAUAUAAUUUCGAUAUAGAGAAGUAUGACGACCAACAAUUUAGGAGCAGAUACAGGUUGACCAAGGAAGCUUUCCAGGAAUUGCUGCUGGUCAUUAUCAGACCAGAUAUAGCUAUUGCUCGAUUAAAGAAUAAUUACAUAAAAUUUCGUGAUGAGAAUACGUACACCAAAGUAAGCUUAAUUUAUGGCGCAUUAGUGAAUUCCCCAAUCAAUGUGGUUGGGGCAAUAGACUGUACCCACGUUAAAAUACCAGCUCCAGGAAGCCAGAAUGCAAAAAUGUAUCGAAAUAGAAAAGGGUAUUCUUCCAUUAACGUGCAAGCUGUUUGCGGAGCAAAUUUGGAAAUUCUAAACAUUGUCACACAUUGGCCAGGUAGCAUUCGUGAUGCUAGAAUUUUUUACAACAGUCGCUUAUGUGCAAAGUUUGAACGAGGCGACAAUGAUGGCGUUUUACUGGGUGAUAGUGGCUAUCCUUGUCGGCCUUAUCUCAUGACACCACUGUUGAAUCCCCAAACACGCCCAGAGGCAGAGCGAAGAUAUAAUGUGUCUCAAAUACGAACUAUAGAAAUACGGUAG